GGCGAGUCCAUUCUUAUUGCCCGAUUGACAUAAGGCGAAUGUCGAGGCAUCACACGGCUUCGAAGGACGACCCUAGUACCUCCGCGAUCGCGCAGCAGGCGGUGAGAAACUUCACGAACAAGAUCCUAUAUCAAUUUGAACAUUACAAUCUCGAUGCGUAUUGGGUCAACGUGAUUGCAAACCAAACCAAGGACGACACCCGGCCCCGUGGCAUGACUCAUGCGCAGUUUGUGGAUUGCAUUGUCCAAGGCGUGGCGGCACAUAAACUGUUGCAAUUGGAAGUGGACUAUCGUGGUCAAUCCCUCAUCAGCCAUGUCAAUCGGCCAUUCUGCACCCAACACGACUCGCCAGACGUGUUUGUAAAGAAAAGCGUCGCGACGUUCACCUCCAAAGCUCUCGCAGCGUUGGCCAAGGUGGACCGGUAUCACGUGGCCAACAUCACGGACCACACGGCCAAAGCUCCGAACCGACCACUGAGCGUGCCCCACGACGAGCUGGUCGAGCGCAUUGUCACAAGCAUGAAACAACACGAACAGCUUACGUAUGAAGCGUCACCGAAUCCGUACUUUGUCUUGGCCAAGCCAAACGCGGCGUCGAGUGGAACAGUCCAAGCUAGGCCCACGAUGUUGUCAUCCCUACCAGGGGCAGCCGCCAAAGCAGCUCGACCCCCCGACGGUGGCGGCGUGUGGGGAAAAGGUGGUCAGCCUUCGCUCCAUGCCGGCGCCCCAUCGACGGCCCCCGUCCGGCCAAACGGCCAACGGAGUCGCGCCGUUGCCAAUGCGUUAUCUGGCAAGUCGUUUCCAAGCGACGAUCCUGAUUCGUCCGACAGCGACGACGACGACGCUACUCCCGAAGACGAAGACGCCGCGACCGCCCUCGUCCAGGACGCAGUGCAAUUGUUUACGGCCAAGGCGCUCAGUUUAUUAGACAAGCUCCCCGUCUAUUGGGUCGAUGUGCUUGCGAAAUGGACCCAGGACAACGUCAGCCUUCCACGUGGCAUCACACACGAGCAGUUUGUCGACCGCGUCGUCCAUGGCGUGGCAUCUCACGACGAGUUGCAACUCGCAGUGGACGAUCGGGGCAAAGCGUAUAUCCGUCGCAUUGAUCGACCGUACGACCACGUCGAUGACGUGGCACCCCCACUACCCUUCAAAGGACCCACCACGGCUCGAGCCGUCGACGUGUUUGUAGCCGAAGCCGUGACCACGUUUACAGCGUACGCGCUUAAAGCGUUGACCAAGAUCGAACGCUACCACGUGUCCAACAUUGUUGGACAGACGGCCAAAGCCCCCAACCGUCCACGUGGCGUGCCCCACGACGAGCUGGUCGAUCUCAUUGUAGUGGGCGUCCAACAGCACGAACAACUGACGUACGAGGCGUCCCCCACUCCUUGCUUUGUCUUGACUAAGCCUCGUCUAACCCAAGCAUCGUCGUCGUCAAUGGGACCAAGCCCAUCUAAACCAUCCCCAUCAUCGCCACCAGUGUUGGUUGUGCGAACAAACAAGAGUGACGAGUCCAUAACUUGGGACUCUGACCAAGGAGGCAGUCAACGCCCCAGUGACACGGCGCAAACCCUAGACGGCAUAUGGGGCCAACGGGCCACUGCGACCGCCUCUCCUCCUCUUCCCACGCAAUGGCCGACCCCAGCCUCCACGAGCCCCACGUUCGUCCGGCUGUCGCCUGUCGGUUGUCUGUCGGGCGAAGUUGUGUCCCCUGAAGUACCCCCCCCCUCGUUGAACGGCGACGACGCGGCGGCUUCCGCCGCCGUGCACGCCGCCGUGGAAAUGUUCACGGUCAAGGUGCUCAAAGUGUUGGAGCAAUACCCCGUCUAUUGGGUCGACGUGAUCGCCAAGCAGACCCAGGAAAAAAUCGACAGCCUUCCACGUGGCAUGACGCACGCACAGUACGUCCACCGCGUGGUCCAAGGCGUGACGGCCCACCACCAGCUGCAACUCCAAGUCGAUGAACGGGGAAAAGUGCUCAUUAGCCGCCUCGAUCGGCCAUACUGCAGUCCCGACGAGCAGGCGCAAAACGUGAUAGCGGCGCCUCCCCUCCCGUCGUCCACGUCACCGCCGCCGCCGUACCCCGUGCAUUUGACACCGUCGACGUCCGCAGCUGACGAGUUUGUCGCCGAAGCCAUUGCCACGUUUUCGGGGUACGCUCUUCAGGCACUGGUCAAGCUCGAGCGUUACCACGUGUCCAAUAUUGAGGGCCAGAUCGCCAAAGCUAAAAACCGACCCAGUGGCGUGUCCCAUGAGGCGUUGAUCUCGCGCAUUGUGGAUGGCAUGACACGGGAUGGACAGUUAAUGUAUGUGAAGUUUCCAGCGCCGAGCUUUGUAUUGACCAAGGCGGCAAACUCCACAGCGCUAGAGUCCCCAGCGUCCCACGAUCCAGACAUGCAGUAUGCGCACGUGGCGGACGAAGGGGGCGCCGACGGGGCCAGCGAGGCGAGCCCCGACACUCCCCGGUAUCCGGAAGACAAGGACAUAACUAGUGUGACUGGCUCCUCCCUGCCUAGCGCGCUGCGUGAUGUGACACCGAUCCCAGCUGCGACACAUCAGACGUCGUCGUGGCCCAACGAUAUUUGGAGUGUUACCAUGGACACAUCCGAGAGACUACUGCCGCUCGACCGCGGCAAACCGCCGUCUUCACCCCCCGGGAUGGCUCGAUUAACCACUGACGACAGUUCCAGCAGGGGAAGAAGCGAUUCGGAAAGCGAUUCGGAAAGCGUGGAAGUAACCUCGUCACAACAGCAACAACCACCACCCGAACCUUGGACUCGAAAGACCGUGCAUGAGUUGACUGGGACGAGGUUGGAGCAGAUUGUGCAAGGAGACGGAGUGGAUGGGAGUUGGCUGGUGUGGCUCUACAGAGGCAACGUGAACGGCGACGGCGACAACGUCGUGACGGUGCUGCAUGUAGUAGCGCUGGCCCUCGCUAGCACCGACUUGAGUGUGGGUACCAUCGACUUGGACCAUUACAGCCACAGCGUGACGUCGACAUUUGCCAACGGAUGCAGCCUCGUGCUGAUUGCACACGGCCAAGUGCUGCCGGCGUUCCCUGGACAUGCCAUCACAUUGGACGAUGUCGACUUGAUUGUCGAGUAUGCGAUGCGCGGACUUGACUAUGUGUUGCGUGGACUGAACAGCAGUGUCCAGGAGAAGCCACUGGCGGCGGACGACAAUGCCAGUAUCAGUAGCAGCAGCAAUAGCAGCGACUACUCGAGCGACGACUUGGCAUCUGACAAGGAAAGUGUUGGAGAUUCGAAUCGGAACCAUGACAGCGAUGACGACGAGGACUACGUCGAUGAUGGUAGCCAAGUUGAUGGCGGUGAUCGAGCCUCGACGCCAUCAAAUCACCAACCGAUGUCUGAAGUGCUUCCCGUCAAUCCAUCCCAAGACUUUGUGCAGAUGGAGGCAGACAAGUUUACGUUCAGCGCCCUCCGAUGGCUAGCCACGAACAAGGGGAACCCGUACCACGUCGCAGAUAUUAUUGGGCGGACCAAAGUCAGUCCGAUCCCAGGGGUUUCCACCAGUGCUCUCGUGGAAUGCAUCGUCGAUAGGAUGAAGCUAGACCCCCGGCUCAUAUACACCCUAGACGACCAACGUCGACGGGUAUUUUUCUUGAACAAACAACAUCCCAACACCACAGCCAAUCAACAACAUCCCAACCCAAGUGCCUCCAAGACAGUUGCCCCCUUGGUGAAACCUACGUUGCCCUUGUCGCAAGCCUUGCCAUCAUCGUCCACGGAGCGUCCUACUUCAUCCACGCCGACUUGCAAACUCCUCGUCACUGGCGAAAAGGUUAUUGUUGCCAACACGGUGCACCAACUGACCCAAUUGCUGGCAUCAGACACAGCGUUCCAAGUUGGCGGCAAAGCUAUGAUCGCCAUCGACUGGAAAGGGGCCCCGUCGACAUUGCACUUGGUUGGGCUGGCCACCCAGACUGCCACGUAUGUCGUCGAUUGUGUUGCAAUUGGCGCGGCCACCGUGAUGCAACUGCUGGGACCUGUGCUGCACAGCCCCGCCAUCACCAAAGUAUGCUUUAACUUGCACGCCAUCCACGCCAUUCUCCCAAAUGUCCACGUUCUAGGCUCAUUUGACAUGCAACUGUACAUGGAGUUCCAAACUGGGCGUUUGGACAUGGGAUUGGACACGAUGCUGGACACGCUACCAGGAGGCUCGUUGCACCCUUCCACAAACUCUGACUUGGCACAACAAACACGAAAGAAGCCAUCGCCCGUCGAAUGUGCUGCGUACGACGUCGUGCGCCUUCUCGAUCGAUACACGACUCAUGUUGCCGAUGAAUUGGCCAUCAUGUCGUGGUGCGCCGUGCAAACUGCCUCGGACACCCGCCUUCGGUCUGCCGCCAGAUUCAAGACUGACCAGCGAAUCCUAGCCAUGGAUACCGCCAACCGCCACAAAUUAGUGUCGUUUGAGCUAUUGAUGACCACCCAUCCGUUCAACGUGUUUCAGUUUCCGGACCUUAUUACCCACCAAGAGUUGGAGCCCCUCUUGUCCCUGCUGCCGACGGACCUCGUGCGGCCUCUGCGAGCCAUGACCACUGCGCUGUCGAGCAUUGUGCUGGACGUGGGCCGGCGGCCGUGGGCGUGGAACCAAGGCGGCACCCGCGUGAUGCUGUCGGAGGAUCCGUCCAGGGAAGUGUCCGCUGCCGAAUUGGAGGCGAUCGUGGCCAAGGUCGGCGGGUUGGAGGGCCCGGCUAACCGCGCGAGGGGGGUGGACAAGCAGUUGCAUCGCAUCAGUGGCCUCCGCAACCGCCACCACGAGAUUGUGGGCGUCACCAUGCAAGUGGGUCAGCACGUGUACGGCGCGUCGACAUUGUUGCUGGAUCUGUUGCUGUCGACCGACUUGAACAUUUUGUUUCUCGGCGAAUCCGGCAGCGGCAAGACCACCAUCCUCCGAGACGUGGCUCGAGUGGUUUCAGAGACACGCCACGUGUGUAUCGUGGACACGACCAACGACAUUGCCGGGGAUGGAGACGUGCCACACCCUAGCGUGGGCCUAGCACGGCGGGUCAUGGUGCCGUCGCUGGAGGUACAGGGGGCUGUGAUGGCCGACGUCGUGCGGAACCACAGGCCACAGGUGCUGGUGGUGGACGAACUUGGGCGGUCGGGCAGCGACAUCGACGCCGCGCGGACGUGCAAACAGCGCGGGGUGCGCAUUGUAGCGUCGAUGGCUUAUGGCGGCCUGCGCCAGUUGGUCCAAGACAAGGGCCUGGUCGAGGGAGUGCGUGACAGGGUGUCGAGUACUUUGGACGGCGGAGAUCGACUGCAGAAAGGGGGGACUGCAGACGAGGCUGUGUUUGACGUGGUGGUGGAGCUGGACAAGGGGCACUGGAACGAGUGGCGAGUGGUGACUAGUGUGGCGUCGGCUGUGGACGAUAUCGCAGCUGGCAAUCUGUACAAAGCCCACGUGCGGUCCAGAUUGGAUCAGAACGGCAUCCGCUACCACACUGUCAUGGUGUGAGGAGCGCAAUACCUCGAGGCAUGUAGCAGGCGUAUUUUCAAAUACCAAUAAUAUAUUUGCAGGUUGUAG